AGGGACAGCAGAGAGGCUCUCGCCGAGCUCUCUAGAUUAGACAGAAGGGCGAGGCAGACCGGCGAAGGGGCGGGAGGUGUAGACGCCUCUGCCCACAGGACCAGCGACACCAGACUGGCUCAGGGCGGCCGCCGGUUCGUCGGCAAUGCCAGAGGCGAGGGAAUCCCCUGGAGAACCCUGACAGCCACUUGCACUGCCUUGGAAGGACGGCCAGAAGUUAGCCCCAGGGGUUCAGAGACGCUCUCCUCUCCACAACUAUGGCCGGUGAUUCUAGGAAUGCCAUGAACCAGGACAUGGAGAUAGGAGUCACUCCCCGGGAUCACAAGAAGAUUCCCAAACAGGCACGGGAUUACAUCCCCGUAGCCACAGACCGCACUCGCCUGCUGGCAGAAGGCAAGAAGCCGCGCCAGCGCUACAUGGAGAAGAGCGGCAAGUGCAACGUGCACCACGGCAACGUUCAGGAAACCUACCGCUACCUAAGUGACCUCUUCACCACCCUGGUGGACCUCAAGUGGCGCUUCAACCUCCUGGUCUUCACCCUGGUCUACACCAUCACAUGGCUGUUCUUUGGCUUCAUCUGGUGGCUCAUUGCUUACAUCCGAGGUGAUCUGGACCAUGUAGGCGACCAAGAGUGGAUCCCUUGUGUUGAAAACCUCAGUGGCUUUGUGUCUGCUUUCCUGUUCUCCAUCGAGACAGAAACAACCAUUGGGUAUGGCUUCAGAGUCAUCACUGAGAAGUGUCCAGAGGGGAUCGUACUCCUUCUGGUGCAGGCCAUCCUGGGCUCUAUUGUUAAUGCCUUCAUGGUGGGCUGCAUGUUUGUAAAGAUCAGCCAGCCAAAGAAGAGAGCAGAGACCCUCAUGUUUUCCAACAACGCCGUCAUCUCCAUGAGGGAUGAGAAGCUGUGCCUCAUGUUCCGGGUAGGGGACCUCCGAAACUCCCACAUAGUGGAAGCCUCCAUCCGUGCCAAGCUUAUCAAGUCCCGGCAGACCAAAGAAGGGGAAUUCAUACCCUUGAACCAGACAGACAUUAAUGUGGGCUUUGACACUGGUGAUGACCGUCUCUUCCUGGUGUCCCCGCUCAUCAUCUCCCAUGAGAUCAAUGAGAAGAGCCCUUUCUGGGAGAUGUCUCGGGCUCAGCUGGAACAGGAGGAGUUUGAAGUUGUGGUCAUCCUAGAAGGAAUGGUAGAAGCAACAGGCAUGACUUGCCAAGCACGAAGCUCUUACAUGGAUACAGAGGUGCUCUGGGGUCACCGAUUCACACCUGUGCUCACCUUGGAAAAGGGCUUCUAUGAGGUUGACUACAACACUUUCCAUGACACCUAUGAGACCAACACACCCAGCUGCUGUGCCAAGGAGUUGGCGGAAAUGAAGCGGAAUGGUCGGCUCCUCCAGUACCUUCCCAGCCCUCCCUUGCUUGGGGGUUGUGCUGAGGCUGGGAAAGAUGCUGAGGCUGAGCAGGAUGAAGAGGAUGAACCCAAUGGACUGAAUGUGUCCCGGGCAACCAGGGGCUCAAUGUGAACACUGUGCUUUACCCAGAGCCCCUUCUUGCCAGACACCAAGGAGCCUGAGAGGCCAGAGAGGCCAAUUAGUUGAGCAAGCUUUCUGAGGCCCCAGGAGCAUGAGAGCUCUACAGAGAGGAACAGGGUAUUGAGGCCUCCCAUUUCCUCUUCCUCGGGGUCUCAGAGCGAGCAGCCUUGUCUAGGCCUCUGAGAGCAUUAGCUAAGGCUGACACCAGGGUAGGGUUCCCAAUGAGAGUUCUAGUAGCAUCAGUCUUUUCUCUCUGACUAUUGGCACCUGCUCACUUUUCUCCCUGAUUCUCAAUCUUCUCUAGGGCCUGACAGCACCACCCCUGAGGCCUUCAGACUGAAGGGAGGGCAAUUUUGUUCAUGGAUAUUCAGGCCUCCAGCUGGGGAUGAGUUCACAGAGGCCCUGCAGGGACAAUGCCUUUUAAUCUGAGGCCAAAACCCACUGAUUAAUAACUUCUUUGCAAGGCCCCUUGUUCACCUCUGGUUACUACCUUGUGUGUGUUUUUCUCUUCUGUGUUAAGCACACAUUACGGCUUACAGGGUAAUUGAUUUAAUUAGAGUGACCCUGGGACACUGAGUACCUAGGAGCACACACAAUGUUAUCCUCACAACUGCUUGGCAAUCCUAGACAUACUGUGCCCUGUGCUUCAAAGGAGAACCCCAGCAGUUGUACAUUUUAUAGGCUUUUUUUUUUUUGUAGGACUCUUUGGCCCAAGAACUUCAGAGAACCUGUACUGUGGUCCUGGGGAAACAUGAAUUUCAGAGAGCCAGGUGAACUAAUUGGUACAAACACAAGGAGGGCAGAGGAAAGGGAAGCAAGCAUAACUUUAAAAUAAACAUCCGGAGCCUAGUGUUUGAGGCAUGCCUGUAAUCCUAGCAUUUGGCAGGCUAAGGCAGAAUUGCAAAUUUGAAGCCAGCGCAGGCUAUAGAGCCCUGUCUCAAAAAGGCAAGAGACAAACUAACAAACAAGAACACAUCUGCCCCAGGUGUUGCAUGGGGGACCCUUGGAGAAAAGCGGGAUAUGAAACAGAAGGGGCAUCUUCACUGCCAGCCAAGGGUAGACCAAAGUCUUAGGCUUGUACUGAGAUGCCUCUGGCCUCCCUCCUGCAGAACAUCUCCAACACAGUGGUGGGAUCUAGAGGCCAGGCUUGGAAACAGAAGGAUGGGGGUUGGUGGGAUAACCAGGGAAAGAAGAGUCAGAAUAGAAGGGCCUUGAGUUCGACAGCCUCGGAGACCAUUCUCUUCCAGUUUGUAAGACUGAUGGUCAGAUCAGUGGAGCGUUAUGUUGAAAAUGAUAAGCUGUCCUGGUCUUGGGAAUAUGUUGGCACAUUCUCCAACACCUCUAUGCCCAUGAUCAGAGCUUUCAACCAGCCUUUGAAAACAGAAGCACUUUUCUACCAGGCCCUGUAGAACUUGCCUUGGGAUCUACAGGGAGGCAAGAGGCCAGGGUAGCCUAGGGAACAGCUUCUGGACCUCAGCACUGGGUUCUCUCAGACUGGGUUCCCAGGUCCCUGGGCUGCUGAGAAGGACAUGGCUGGGGAUGGGGAGUUGCAUUUGUGAGCUGCCCACAAAGAGAAAAGUUUGUAGUUGGCAACUGGACUGAAUCUUCAGAGAUGAUCUAGGCCAGUGGUUCUUAAUCUUCUUAAUGCUGUGAACCUUUUUACAAUUCCUCAUGUUAUGCUGACCCCAACCAUAAAAUUAUGCUUGUUGCUACUUCAUAACUAUAAUUCUUGCUAAUGUUAUGAAUUGUAAUGCAAAUAUCUGGUAUGCAGGAUGUCUGAUAGGAGACUCCUGUGAAAGGGUUGUUGGACUCCCAAAGGAGUCUCAACCUACAGACCCACAGGCUAAGAACCACUGGUCUAAACAGAGGUGUAUUUGUGUGUGUGUGUGUGUGUGUGUGUGUGUGUGUGUAGUAUGUGCAUGUCCGUGAGUGUGGUGUGUGUGUAUGUGAGGGUGGGUGAAUGGGUGAGGGGAUGGGUGGGAAUGGUGUGUGUGUGUGUGUUGUGCAUGCUAAAUGUAGUGUUUGUGUGUAUGUGUGUUAUAUGAUGAAUGUGGUGUUUGUAUAUUUGUGUAUGUGUGUGGUGUGGGUAUGUAUGUGGUGUGUAUAUGAUUUGUGUGUGUGUGUGUGCUGUAUGUGGGGGGGGGGCUCCCACAGUGAUAAGGAGCAGGCUAUGGUCUCAAGCAUCCUUUUAUAUGGUGAUGCGAGUCUAGCAGGGAAUGGGAAGUGAGUGGCUUCAUCCCCACUCAGGAUACCAAAUCAGAAGGUCCACAGCACCCAGUAGAUAAGCUGUAGUCAGGAGUCCAAGGAGGGAGCCUGCUGCUGAGACUAUGGGCAACAGUCUGUCACAAGACACAGGCCAUGCAGUAGCUGUCACAAGAGACAGGCUUUCAGCCUGGCUUUCUGGAUCUCAGGCUUGCACGCACAGGCAGGACCAGUUCUACUCCUUGUCAGGCCAUGAGUCCUGCCUUGGUCAGAACUAGCUAGUGCCCACAGGUGAGGACCCAUAGUGAGGCCAGUUGGUAAGGAUAACAAGUAGCAGAGAAUGAUGGUCUAACGGUGAAACAGUGGUCUGACUGCUGCUUCACACUUGCCUUAUUUGUGUUUCUGAAACAUCCCCCAAUGGUCCAGGAGAGACCAGCGAUCUGUGUGAGUCCGGGCCACCGGUGUGUCAAUCAGAAGCUGUGGAAGCUCUCAGAGAGGUAGAUAUACUCCUAAAGAUCCCCUCAUACCAGAGUGAUAUGUAAGAUAAUAACCCCAUUCAGCUUUCUAUCAUGGUGACCUAAAUAUGAGCGGACUGCCCUUCAUGUCCCAAGGACAUCUCCAUCUCAAUGAAGAAUUGGUGUCACUAAAGUUUAGAAAAAUUCCUCAAAUCAUUCUCUGGAAGUUCUUGACCAAUAAAUUUAAAA